AUGCAAGUCGACCAUUCGAACCCGAUCACGCUCAGCCGCUUCAUCCUCGCCGACGGCGAGCUCCAGUCCAACAACGACCUCUGCAUCCUCUUCAACUCAAUCGAGCUUGCGUGCAAGGUCAUCUCGUCGGCCGUGCGUCGCGCCGGCCUGACCGGUCUCUAUGGCCUUGAUGGCUCGACCAACUCGACGGGUGACGACGUCAAGAAGCUCGACUUGCUCUCGAACGAAAUCUUUAUCAACUCGCUCCGCAACUCGACCAAGAUUGAGGUCAUGGUCUCGGAGGAGAACGAAGAGCCGAUCUGGGUCGAAGGCGUCUCGGGCUGCAAGUACGGCAUUGCGUUUGACCCGCUCGACGGGUCGUCCAACAUUGACUGCAACAUUUCGACGGGUACCAUCUUUGCGAUUUACGCCAUGCAAAACACGGGCCCGCGCCGCCAGAUCUCGGACAUUUUGCAGCCGGGUCGUCAGCUCGUCGCCGCCGGCUACUGCAUGUACGGUAGCUCGACGCAGAUGGUCGUCACGUACGGCAAGGGCGUCCACGGCUUCACGCUCGACCCGACGAUCGGCUCGUUCAUCCUCUCGCACAAGAACAUCCGCAUCCCGGAAAACCCCAAGACGAUCUACUCGUGCAACGAAGGCAACUUUGCCCUCUGGGACGCGCCCACCAAGCAGUUUGUCGACGAGUGCAAGAACGCGCCCAAGCCGUACGCUGCCCGCUACGUCGGCAGUAUGGUCUCGGACGUGCACCGCACGAUCCUCUACGGUGGCGUCUUCUUCUACCCCGCCGACAAGAAGUCCAAGACGGGCAAGCUUCGCAUGCUCUACGAAGCGAUCCCGAUGUCGUUCAUCGUCGAGCAGGCCGGCGGUCUCUCGACGAACGGCACGACGCGUGUCCUCGACCUCAACCCGACGCACAUCCACGAGCGCACGGGCAUCUUCCUCGGCUGCAAGCGCGACGUCAACCGCAUUCUGGCCCUCUACGCGCAGAAGUAA